UUUCAAUUUAAACAAUUCUGGAAGAGAUCAUCAUGUAUUGUCUUUCUCAAAUGUCAUAUUGCAUUUGCAGGCCUAAUGCAGUUCUACCUCGACCUCAAACAAAUUAUUGGACCGGCAGUUCCAAAGCCGAUGAUGAUAAGGAAGUUGGUCACUGCACACAAGUUAAACGCAAUGUGAAUAUGGAAGGCCUUCGACGCGGAUAUCUGUUUCCUGAGAUAUUCAAGAGGGAGUGUGAACACAUGCAAAAGAAGGAACAUGCAAGGCUGAUAAGACUUGGCAUCGGUGAUACCACACAGCCUAUACCGGAUAUCAUAACAUCUGCCAUGGCUGAGCAUGCAUAUGCCUUAUCAACUAUUCAAGGCUACAAGGGGUAUGGAGCUGAGCAAGGCAACAUGGACUUGAGAAAAGCAAUUGCAGAAACAUUUUACAAAGAUAUGGGUGUAAAAGGCCACGAGAUUUUUGUAUCAGAUGGGGCACAGAGUGAUAUUUCUCGCCUUCAGAUGCUUCUGGGCUCCCAUGUCACAGUGGCCAUACAGGACCCAUCUUUUCCGGGUUAUAUAGAUUCCAGUGUAAUUGUUGGUCAAGCUGGCAAGUUGGAAGAAGAAACUGGCAAAUAUGGCAACAUCGUAUACAUGAACUGUGGAUGUGAGAAUGGUUUCUUUCCUGAUCUGUCAACCACUCCAAGAACAGAUAUCAUUUUCUUUUGCUCUCCAAAUAAUCCGACUGGUAAUGCCGCAUCGCGGCAGCAAUUAGAGCAACUGGUGGAUUUUGCCAGGGUCAAUGGAUCCAUAAUAGUUUAUGACUCUGCAUAUGCUGCUUAUGUAACAGAUGAAAGCCCAAGAUCAAUCUUUGAAAUCCCUGGGGCCAAAGAGGUUGCUAUUGAAAUUUCAUCCUUCUCAAAAUUUGCCGGGUUCACAGGAGUCCGGCUUGGCUGGUCAGUGGUUCCUGAAGAGCUGUUAUAUUCCAAUGGAUUUCCUGUGAUAAAGGAUUACAACCGCAUUAUUUGCACCUGCUUUAAUGGUGCAUCGAAUGUUGCCCAAGCUGGAGGGCUAGCCUGCCUUUCUGAAGAUGGUUACAAGGCAGUGAAAAACGUGGUUAACUACUACAAGGAGAAUGCCAAAAUACUUGUUGAAGCAUUUGCGUCACUGGGGCUGAAAGUUUAUGGUGGCAAAAACGCCCCUUACAUAUGGGUACAUUUUCCAGGAUUGAGUUCUUGGGACGUAUUCAAUGAAAUUCUUGAGAAAACUGAUAUAGUGACUGUUCCAGGGAGGGGAUUUGGACCUGGUGGGGAAGGGUAUAUCAGAGUGAGUGCAUUUGGACAUAGAGGAAAUAUCUUGGAAGCUUCAAUGAGGCUGAAAAAAUUAUUUUCUAAGCAUAAGCUAAUUAAUUAAGAUGUUGAGAUGUAUGACUGCUUCUUUCCUUUUUCUUCCUAAUAAAAAGUUAAUGCCAA